GACCGUCGACCACCAUGUACCGGAUGGCAGCUUCCUGACUCUGGGCUCUUAAGGAUCGUCCAUCUGGUGGAAUACCUGCAAGUUUUGCAAGUUCAACUUCUGUUUCUGCAAAUCAUUUGGCCUCUUUAGUGGGCUGGGGGAUCAGUCCAAGUCUAUACCUCCUCUAGAUUUUCCCCUUCCAGAUGUUUCCCUCCCACCUACAUUGCCUGAUUAUAUUGAGCCUGGUAAAACUAAGAUCAGUGCUCUACCAAAUGGUGUCAAAAUUGUGUCAGAAACAUCAGUGAUUCCUGUAGCUUCAAUAGGGUUGUCUGUUGAUUGUGGUCCAAUAUAUGAGUCACCAAUCACGUUUGGGGCCUCACACCUGCUUGAGCAUAUGGCAUUCAAGAGCACAGCAAACCAUAGCCAUUUACAGGUUGCAAGAGAAGUGGAGGCAAGUGGUGGCAAUGUGGAAACCUCAUUUUCUAGGGAGCAGAUGGGUUACAGAUUGGAUGCUCUGAAGACUUAUGUUCCUGAAAGGGUAGAAUUACUUAUUGACUGUGUGAGGAAUCCAACUUUCUUGGAUUGAGAGGUCAAUGAACAACUUCAGAAGAUGAAAGCUGAAAUGGCUGUAGCUUCUGAAAAUCCUCAAAAUUUGAUUAUGGAGGCAAUUCACUCUGUUGGUUAUUCUGGUGCCUUAGCAAAUCCUCUUUUAGCUCCAGAAUCUACUGUAAAUGGAUUGAAUAGUACAAUUCUGGAGGAAUUUUUUGCUGAAAAUUUUACUUCUCCUUCCUUGGUAUUGGCAACAUCUGGUGUUGAAACUGUUGUCAGUUGCAGGACUACUGUUGUCAGAUCUUCCUAAAAUUCCUCGCCCUGAAGAGCCAAAGUCUGUGUACGAUGGAGGUGAUUAUUGUUGUCAAGCUGGUUCGGGGGAUGCAACUCAUUUUGCUAUUGCAUUUGAACUUCCUGGUGGUUGGCAAAAGGAGAAGGAAGCUAUUUGACUGUCUUCCAGGUUCAGUCUUGCUUUUAUUUAUCAAAUCGACAUGCCUGUUUAUGCCACCCACCUGCCCCCUCCAGUUUCCUUUCUUUCUUUUUUUUCAUGAAAAUUUGUUUAAGAGUGUGUUAUAUCAUGGGUUUCAUGCUUCUGUAUCAUUUCUUUGUGAUUCAUGUUUUCUUUUUCUUUUUCAUUCUUUUUUUCUUUUUUUAACUAUGAUUUCAAGAAA